GAGACAAAAGGGGCCGCGGCGGCCGGAGCGGGACGGGCCCGGCGCGGGAGGGAGCGAAGCAGCGCGGGCAGCGAGCGAGAUGCAGCGCCGAGGUUUCCUCCUCCUCGCCCUCCUCGCCCUGCUGGCCCUCACCUCCGCGGUGGCCAAAAAGAAAGACAAAGUGAAGAAGGGAGGCCCGGGGAGCGAGUGCGCGGAGUGGAUCUGGGGGCCCUGCACCCCCAGCAGCAAGGACUGCGGCGUGGGUUUCCGCGAGGGCACCUGCGGGGCCCAGACGCAACGCAUCCGGUGCCGGGUGCCCUGUAACUGGAAGAAGGAGUUUGGAGCCGACUGCAAGUACAAGUUUGAGAGCUGGGGGGCGUGUGAUGGGGGCACAGGCACCAAAGCCCGCCAAGGCACCCUGAAGAAGGCGCGGUACAAUGCCCAGUGCCAGGAGACUAUUCGUGUGACCAAGCCCUGCACCCCCAAGACCAAAGCCAAGGCCAAAGCUUCAUUCCUGACUCACAGCAGCCCUGGAGGCCAACAGGGCAGAGGGGAAUCUGCCCACUUCUCAGCCAAGAAAGGGAAGGGAAAGGACUAGCGGCCAGGCCUGGAUGCCAAGGAGCCCCUGGCUUUACUCGGAGGCCUGGCCCACGCCCUCCUUCUACCGGCCCAGGAUAUAACCCACCAGUGCCUUUUGCCUACUCGUUAGCUUUAUCAAUCAUGUCCUGCUUCUUCCCUUUCACUUGCCCACACCCACCCCAAGUGCCCAAAGUGGGGAGGGACAGGGAUUCUGGGCAGCUUGAGCCUCGCCCAAAGGGAUUUGAUUCCCCUGUACCCACUUUUCUUCUUCCCCCAAUGAUGCCAUUACUAAGAAAUAAAUAAAUGUCUUUUUUUUUUUUUCCC